UUAUAUUAAAAAAUUCUUCCCAAUGAAAUCAGGAAAUCGUUCAGAUUACAGGCAUUCAUUCAUUCUUUAUCCCUAAAGCUCACAGAAACCGUUAUCUUCCUUCCGUUCGAUUUAGAUUUCUUGUUAAUUGAAUUUGUCCGGUUAAUUAUCGCUGCGGUUCGACAUCCGAAGUAGGAACAACGAUUCUCAAUUUCCCUUACGGAAUUGCUACAUGCUCCGCACAUUUAUUAUCAAGUGUAAUGAUCAAUCUUAUAUAGUAGAGAAAUUGCUCUCCCUCUGACAAAACGGAAGUCACAAUCGCCUCUUUAAUAAUUUUAUGCAAGGAAAACAUUGAACAAUGAAGCUUUUUUUAAUCAUUUUCACACUGGUGUUAUACUUCACCAUUACAUAUGGUGAAUCCAGAUAUGAACAUAGAUAUGAACCAUUUGUUGAGAAACCAGGUUCCUGUCCACCACCAUUACCAGUGUACAUUUGUAGCCAAUCUUGUUUCUCUGAUUCGUAUUGUUCAGGAAUUGGCAAAUGUUGUCCUACUAAUUGCGGAGGCUUUGUUUGCACAAAACCUGUGACUAUGAGGACAAUUUCUAAAGAAAAACCAGGUUCCUGCCCAGCAAUACCUAAAGGAAGAUGGAUAUGUUCGUCAACUUGCAGUGUUGACAGUGAUUGCAGAGGAACAAUGAAAUGUUGUAAGAAUCGUUGUGGAGCUAUGGCUUGUCAAAAACCAGAUAUCCAAGAAUCUAUAGACAUCCCAGUUGUUUCACUGCCAGAAGAUUCUUAUGAUAUUCCCAAAUACGUCAAUUCCAGAGUCAAUCCAAAUAAUUAUCCUUAUUAUUUUUAUAACAAUUAGUAAAAAUAAUUGCAAAUUAUGCUAAAGCAAAUUAAUAUGAAAAUAUAAUAUUUGUUUACCAUCAUAUAAAAUAUUCUGUGCCAUAUCUAUUAUAAAAAUAAUAAUUGUAAUAUUUAUAUCAUUUAAUAAUAAAUUUGCAUUUUCAUGUUAAUUAACAAAAUUUUAAAUUUA